CACUUACCGCGUACCUGGUGAUACAGUGAUACCAUUUUUUGUUUACACACGGUUUGGGCCUCUCUUAUUAAUAAGAACAGACACUGAAAUGGCACCUAUUGAUAACAUUGGUGUGUGGGGAGAACCGACCUCUACUCUAGACUGGUGUGAACAAAACUACGUUAAUUCCAUGUACAUUGCAGAGUUCUGGAAUACUGUGAGUAAUGUAUUUAUGAUAUUUCCACCAUUGAUUGGAAUACGGUUCGCUGUCAAGGAUGGGUUGGAAAGGCGAUUUGUACUGGCUUUCUUUGGCCUCCUGAUUGUUGGAAUUGGUUCCUGGUUUUUCCAUAUGACUCUUCUUUACCAGAUGCAGCUGUUUGAUGAGCUACCCAUGAUAUAUGGAACAUGUGUCUUCCUUUAUUGUCUACUUGAAAGUAAUUCACCAGCAAAAAGUCACAACUAUCCUCUCGGCAUCUUCCUGACUGCCUAUGCUCUUGUCACAACAUUUUGUUAUCUCCUAAUCAUCAACCCUCUCUUCCAUCAGGCAGCUUACGGUACACUAGUAGCUACGCUUUUGCUUCGUAUGAUAUAUUGUUGCAAAUAUGAAGGGUUUUCCAAGAAUUUGUUUUGGUUUUCCACCUUAAUCUAUGGCACUGGUUUCAUCAUCUGGAAUAUUGAUAACAUAUUCUGUGAAGAAGUCAGGUCCAUCAGAAACGCUCUUCCUGUGUACGUUGCCCCAGUGACUCAGCUGCAUGCGUGGUGGCAUAUAUUUGCAGGCCUUGGAACUCAGGCUAAUAUAGCAUUUGGUAUUACUCUCAGGUACAGGUUCCUCAAGAAGAAAUGUAUUCUUUGGAGCAAUGGUAAAGCCAUCCCAUUUGUUAGAGUUAGCUCAGCCGAGUAGUAAGGUCUUGUUUUGGUUAAAGACUCAAUUUAUUAUUUAAUUCAAAAGCAUGAGUUAUGUAUAAUACAUAUAUCAUUAAAAAUUCCCAAAUGCUGCUAUAACCAAAGAAUCUAUAACAAUAUUUAUUUGGUUUAGAUUCAUUCUGUAUUUUAACCUUUGCUAGUAGUCCUAACAUUUUUGGUAAAAUUAUUUAAGCACAACACACGCAUUUUCUUAUAUUUGUUAGCAUAAGUCUACUUUACCCCUAUUUUUUGUGUAUUUUGUAGACAGUAGCUCCUAAAUAUCCUUCCAAAUCUUUAUCAUUAUCAGAAACACUACCUCUAACUACUAGGUGUAUGCUAUGAAAAUUGUUAUACUUGAAAUUUUUGCAAUUAUGUCGUAUUGUAAGCCGGGUACUGACUGCACCCAAUGGUCGUAGGCUGAUGCUAUUCUAUGGAGAAGGCAACGCGACGAUGCACGCCCAACGGAUCAUUUUUAAUGACCAUCUGUUUAGACUGCCACUGACAAUCAGCAGACGGUGUAUGGUCUAGCGCUCAGAGGGAGCAGAUUUGAAUUCAUCGGUCGGUGGGAGCAGAUUUGGAUUCAUCGGCCGGCGGUCGUACAACCGUAUGAUGAAGAGAGUGCCCGGCUUAGCUAUCUAUAAAUUAAUGUUAAAGAGUCAACUUGAUCCAAUUCUUGAUCCAACCUUUGUGUUGUGCCACUUAGCCCUCCGCCAACCACGAUUUCAACUCAGAACUUCAGAAUUACUGGGCAAAUGUAGCAACUGCGCUUUAAAAUCUGUGUCAUUCCUAAAUGCCAAUUAAUUUUACGGGUUUCACUCAGAAAGUUUUUUUGAGAACUCAUAACCUAUUUUUUAAAAGUCAGCUGAUAAAUCGAUUAAGUACUGUUUAUUGGACUCGAGAUAUUUUUAAUGGUAUUUUUAUAGAUAUUGGUCAUUUUUAUAAACAUUAAUUCUUACGUUUGUUUUGUGGUAUUUCCAUAUUAGUGAAUAUCACUUCUAAAAUUGUUACGAAUGUUGUACUCAAAAAAUUAUCCCGCCAGCCAAACAUGUAGAAUACUGAGUGGUGUGGUGAGGUGAUUUUGGUAUCCAGGAAAUUGUGGUGUAUUCAGUGGUGAUCAAGGAUACUUAGGGGUGUUUUCUAUCCAGGAGUGUGUGAUGCAUAGGGUUAUUUGAUGUUCAAGUCUACUUAAUGGAUCUUGAAAGCCUUGAGGUAUCCAGGGGUGUGUGAUAUAUCUAGGGGUGAUUGAUUUUUCCUGGGUAUCUAAAGGGUUCCUGGGGUAACAGAGUGCUUGGGUAUCCAAAGGUCAUUAAGGUAUCUAGUUGUCCUUGCAAUUUAUCAAGGCUAUUUGGUGUAUUUUUAUUUUUAGGCCUUGUUUUGUUUUCUGAUCAAAGAGUUUUUCAUUAUUAUCAUGUCAUUAUUUCAGCUUAACAAAUGUUACUACAUUAUUAAGAGGUAGGACUACCUAAAUUUUAUUUAAAUAAAAAAAACGAUGAAGAGGCUCUCCCAGAAAAAGGACAAGUUUACAUAAAAGUGGACACAUUAGGAUUAAGGUGAGAAUAAAGAUAUGGGUAAAGAAUAAAGCGAAAAAUGACGAAUAACAACCUUAAAAAGGUUUUCAGAUUCUGAUUUAGCUGCCUUUUCCCCUCUCAUCUUAGAUACUCCCACCUCUUGAUAAAAUUUUUUACAUCACAAGUAACCUACAUGUACAUUCCCCCUAUUAGAUUGGACACCCAACCCCUUGAUAAGAUCCUAGUAUUCUUUUUAGGAUCUCUCUUUAAAAUACGACAACACCUUGAUUUGAAAAUGUACCUGUGAAUUCCUUGCAAUACUAACAUUAAUACUACUAUCCCAACAAAAAAGGGGGGAUUUACCUUAUAUUGUUUUCCCUAACACGAAGAUUUACCUCGGGGUUGGAGGUCCUCACCUGGUUCCAUCAUGUAUGGGAUUGAGAAUCAAAUUGUUCUCAGCCUGGAUGAGCUGGAUUUUACCCCACCUAGUGAAAAAAUAUUCUAAACACUGAGAUAUUUAUAACGUUACUAUAAUGAAAAUAACCCAUCAAAUCUUAAUCAGCCUAAAUGGUGCUAAUAAAUUGAUUAUUUAUAUAUAAUAGUUAUUAAUAAAUUCAAUAUUAUUAAUCUGAUAGAUGAGGCACCAUCAUAUAGUGCCCUCUAUACAGUGGAAUCUAUUUAUUUGCUUACCCACAGUAAAUUUAAUAAUGAUUAGGUUUCUUCAAGGAUUUUGGCUCCUUGAUUUGAUGUUUGCCUCAUUCUUUAUAUUUGAAAAAAAAAAUCGUACUGUGACUUUUAAUAUUUUAAAUAUAUUUAUAUAUAUAUCAUAGGAUGCUAAUUGAUAAAUCACUUUUAUAUAUGCAUUUCAAUAAGCUUGCUUUGAAUUGGUAAAAACAAAUCUUAAAUGAAAUAAUCAAUGGAUAUAAAAUCAAUGCAACUAAAGUGAAUUAUAUUUCUAGAUAUUAAUUUUAAAUAUUUAUAACUAUGCUUUUCGUAUAAAAAAAAUUCAAAAAGAUUACCUGUAAUUUAUUACGUUUAUAGGGUUUUUGUUUAAUUUAUUAGGCAGCUUUUAACACACAUUCUUUCAAAAGGAUUCCAGUUUGCUUUAUUAAAACCAUACAUUUUAAUUUUUUAUUUUAUUUUGAAAGCUAAUACAGUGUUUAUUUUAUGUAUAGUUUUAUGUAAGAUGAAAAUAGUGGUGGGUAUAGCAUGGAGGAAAUAACUCGGGCCUUGGUUAUAGCAACCAUUACUUACUAAUACAUGUAAAUGUUCUUGAAAGUAUAAACAAUGUUAGAUUCAGCAUGUCUCGAUUAUCUGUCAGGGAAUUGUAAAUAGUAUAUUUUGUGAUUAAUGCAAAAUAUUGCAUUUCUUUCUGUAGAUAAAAGAAAAUCUGAAGACUGUUUGUAAAGACUAACAUGCCAUGAAUAUGCCUACAGUUAAUUAUAGUUCGAUUAUUUUCUAAAUAUUAGUAGAGAACUCUACUUGAUGAGACAAUUAGAAAAAAAAAGGAUAGGAAGAAGAUUUAAUUAAUAUGAUAUAUUUUUUAGAUAACUCUUUGUUUUAUUUUGAGAUUAAAUAUAAGAGAAAUAGUUCCAGUCUGCUGAUUUUGCAAUACACAAAAUUAAAACAUUAACCCUAAUAACUUACAACUACGAGGCACCCUUCGUACCUCGUUGAUAUCAGUAGGUUUUGGGUUUAAGUUUACAAAGUCAUCCAUUUUAGACAACUAUUGUAUAAUCCUCUAUUAAAUUUGAUAUCUGAAUAUCUAAACGACUGUUGGCUGAUGCAGGCUGUGCCUUUCAAACCAGCUUGUCCAUUAGGCGGUCAAUAAUAAUAAUAAUAAUAGAUAAUAAUAAUAAUAAUAGAUAAUAGAUAAUAAUUUUACAUUUAUAAAGUGCAUAAUGCAAAGCUUCUAUGCUCUUCACAUAAAAAAAAAAAAGUUUUAUUCAAAAAAAAUUAAGUAAAACAUAAAACUGGCUAAACAAAAAUGCAAAUUUUUCAAGGGUUCACCAUCCAAUUAAACUCUAGAUCCCAUAGCCUCUGCUGCUUGUCCCCAAUGCCCAGGGUCACUGCAGGCAGUGCUUAUAAAAUAUAUGUAUUUGCAACAAGGGUCAACCCAGCAAAACAUACCGUACUGAUUUGCAAAAAGUCUCUAACAUUUUUGAUUUUUUUAAUUUGAUAGGAUGACAGUUUCAGUUUCAUCAAAAUCAGCAGAGUGGAUGUCUUUAAUUAGGUACUCAGUGGUUUAAGAUUAUUAUUUCCUGAACUGCAUAUCUGAAAUACUGUAUUUGAAACAUUCGAUUCGUUUGUAUAGUGUUCAGUGUUGGGAUGUAGCAGUUGCUACACCAUUUUAGAGCUUGGUGUUAGAAAAUGUAUAGAAUCAUGGAAUAGUAUGAAUUAAUAUGUUUUAAUAUGCUUUUUUUCUGAAGUGGCAAUUGCACAUGACUACUGUAUCAUAGGUUUACAAACUGUAUUACAGCAUUAGUUUUUUAUAAACUAGAUGAAGGUAUAAUGUAGGCUGUGUGCUGCAUCAAAAAGUAUUCACAAAAUGUAUAGCUAUUGAAACAUAGACAUGACAGAAGUAAUAACAAAGAUGCAGAAAAGUGAGACAGCCACCUCACCAUAUAUUUUUUAAUGCAAUGAUAUAAGAAAUGGACGUAUAGUUUCAUAUGGAGCAUUGAUUAUACUUAUAUUUCUUAAAUAAUUAUUGAUAAUGAUAUAACAAAUUAUAUAAAUUUGAUAGUUUAAUCAAUGGAGCUUUUAUAUAACCGAAGUUUUUUACCGUUUGUCGGUAUGUAU